GCCUGGGACCAAAGACUCACCAGUCAGACAGCCCUUGUCCAAGUCUUUGAUCAAUGGUUGACUGUCAUGAAGGCUGAAGACAUCGCUGCAACCAUGCUACCUCGUACUUUGCCAAUGUCCUUUGAUGGGCCGAUGUUGUCGCUUGAGCUUGAGCAUGUCACCUCGCUUAAUGUGUGGAAAGCCAAAGUCCCACCCAAAGCCAGUCUGACCACCACGGUCAUCCUUACCAUGUUCACGAAAGGGAUCAACCCUGAUGCCUUGCGCUUUUGCACUAAGGAUCAGCGAGCUCUUCGAGACAUUCCUUUGGUUGAGGCCUUCACGAGAUCGCCUGAGGUUUUGUGUUCCAUUUGGCAGCAUCCUUUGGUUUUGCUUCGCACGCUUUCGGCACAGUCCGUCUGUCCUGCCUCUUCGUGUGAUGCAGCCGUGUCUCCCACCUUGCCAUUCUCAGUCGAAGAUUUGCCUCGACAGCUUGUCAUUGAGCCGGUACCACCUGUGCAACCUCCUCCUGGAAGGUUCCAUGCUCUACUCCAGUUCUUGGACUUCAACUCCAAGUGGCAUCCUGAGCAGGCAAGAACCAAACAGCGUGUUUCCCUUCUAUGGGAGGACCCACCAGGGGUCCUCACCAUCGAGCUUGACUCAACGGUCCCUGCUGCUGAUUUGCAAGAACAGCUCGCCACUCAUUUUGGCAGUGACAUGUACACCGUGUACCAAAGUCCGUUCAGCAUUCCACGGAUCGCCCUGGGACCACUCUUCACUGUGCGGCUGUGUGACCAUCCGAAUGAUGCCCUAGUGGUUUUUCAGAAGCUGCAGACUGAAGUUUGGGUACGUGCCUGUGUUGUUCCCAAACAGCUUGCCCGAGACACCAGCAUUGUCACGGCCACUGGCACCUACAUCAUCUCCAACCACAACAACAGAUGGAACUCUGAGGAGAAUGAAUUUGAUGACGAACUCUAUGGCGAGCCUCGUUUUGCCACCUCUGGCCGAACCAUCAAUGCAGUGUUGGUCGACAACCACUGGGCUGCCAUUGAGGUCAACCGCAUUGGCCACCAUACACAGCUUCAUGUCUUUGGCCUCGGACCUCUCCUCGCAGACCGUGCGAUCCAUAUCAUGUGUCGAUCUCUCGAAAUUGCACCACAUCGAGCACAACAACAUGUCCAUGCAGGAAUGCCUCCAGAGCACCUUUGUGGGUGGUUCUUGUUGUUCCGCUACUACAGACUAUGCCGGAUUCAUGACAUCCUUCCGUCGACCAUGGAUCUCUUCAACUCGCUCCCUGCCUUUCGAAGAGCCGAGAUUCGCGAAGCUUGGGAAGCAGGCCAAGAAGACUGGCGCCGCGCUGGCGCUUCUGAUGAGCUGUUGAAUUUUGCUACGACCCUGCGAACAAAUUUCCUCACUCGCCUGGCAGCCACUGCCACUCAGACUUCUUCGGUCGUUCCUGUGCCACUUUUUGUUCAGUUUCAAGCUCUCCCUCCGGAGGAACCAACUGAAGCCACCGUGCCGCUCCCACCGGAGCCGACUCAGCAGCAGCAUCCUCCUCCCCAAGUUGAUCCCACUGAUCAACCUGAGCCUGAACCUGUGCGGACUGACUCUGUCCAUAUUCGCCUCUUAGAAGGGUUGGCGCAACCUGGUUGGCUAUCGUCCGAUACACUUGAUCAUGCUCUUGACACCCUUCGCUGGCAGUUUCCGCAUGUGUGCUUUUGCCCUCCUGCACUUUGGCUCCCUGAGAGCCUACAUUUGAGGUUUUUCGCUGGCCUUGAGUGCUUGCAUGAGACUUUCAGCAACAUCAUCCUGUUCAUUCUGUGGCAUGACCAUUGGAUUGUGUGCGAAAUCACUGUCCAUCAUUGGGAGGCCUUUGUCCAGACCAUUGGUCCCAUUGAGAUCAUGCCUGACCUUGCGAGCAUCGUUGCGGCGGUCUGUGUCUUGUUUCAAAUCCAAGACGUGGUACUCAACACUGCCACUACCCACUUUAGGUUGAGCCUGCCCUCUCGCCGCAGCCCCUCCUUGCUGCUCUCCGUACUCAUGCUCGUCAUGAACUCAUUCAGAGAAUCCAGAUCCUUGACCAUGCUGUUUUUUGAGACCGCUGAUCCCGAACUGCUGCGGUUCGCUUCAGCCAUCAACUUGGACUUCAUGACUCGGAUCAUCCAGAACCGCUUCCCGACUGAGAGAGCCCGAGGGGGAACGAUUUCUGACAGUACACAGCCGCAAUCAGCCUUGCCGGUCACUGAGAGGGAUCCCUAUGUUGUGUCGUCCCAACGUGUCACAGAGAGGCUUGCUCUCUUCGAUACUCAACCGGGUUGGCUCUUUUCUGACACUGCCGAUUACCUUUUGGAUUUCCUCCGCCAAGCAGACCCUGACACAGCUUACUUGCCGCCCAUGCAAUGGACCUUCGACGAAGGUGUCAGCACUUUCAAUGACUUGCAAGUCCAACGUGUGCUCACCAAUGCUGCUGCUGCUUGGCAACAGCCGAUCCUUCAUCAAGCUGCACUCUUUGCCAUGAGACUCCUCCCGUGGCACCUCCUUCAAGUUCUUCAGGGCCGCUUUCCGAAUGUCCAAGCACCAGGAGGAGGUGGAGAAGCCAAGGCCGCUGCCAAGGCCAAGAACAGUCAGCGAUCAGGUACAGAUCCUCUGCUUGUUCAUGAUCCUUGGGCGAAAGCCGCAGCAGCCUCCUCACGAUGGGAGGACCUCAAGUUGGAGGACCAUCACCCAUUCCAAGACAGCAAAGGAGAGCAAUUGGCACAGUACCACAGACUUCAGACUUCCACCACCACAAAGGGAGUGGUCUUGACGACCAAGCAACACUUGCCAGAGCUCUUGAAACUUGGACCCAAGCAACCUCUCAUAGCGAUCCUGCCUCUUGUGGACCAGCAAACAAAAGCCGGCAGCAACCUCAACUUCCACGGCCCUUUCGAGGUUGUGCUGGAGGACCGUGCCACCAAAACCUCCUACAGAAGGGUUGUGUCAGCAGUCGCCCUUUUUGGUGAAUUCCAAUUCAAGCUGUGUGAACCAACACACGAAUUCACCAUGUCAGAAGUUGCCGAGUUAGUGCUCGAGUUGGAUUCACGAUUGGUUCAGAAGAGUGAAUUUGAGCAAGCCAAAGAGAACCCGAUUCUCUACUUCAAGCAGUACCUCUCCACCGCGGCCCCAGACCAUGCCGCCUUGACGUCCGUGUACGGCUUCAGGCACAACCGCCACCCCUCCUCAUCUCGGGACGACGACCAAUUGCAGGUGAUCGCAAAACUUCCAUCCGCGGCCAGAUGCAAGCUGUUGUCCGGCAGUGGCCUUCAAGGCAUCCUGGUCAGGGAUUUCUUGGAUCAAGGUGCUCAACCGCUCGACACUUCUGUCAUUCCCAAAUUUUGGGAGAUCAGCUUGAAAGGCCUUCGUGAGCUUUCCAUCAGUAUUGAGGGUGUCAAGGGUGCCGCUGGAGCAAUCCUCACAAGACGCAGCUUAGCCGUUCGUGCAUGGUCCAGCGAGAUUGCUGAAGUUCGGCGGAAGCUUCUGCCUAUGGAUGCUCGCCUCAAUGACACCAACAUCAAGGUGGUGCCUCGUUUUAUGGUGGAUGCUUCGGGCUGGCCUCCUGGUGCCAGUCCCACAGACGUGAUUGAAACAGUCGCAAAAGCUGUCAGCCAAGCUCCGAUUCCUACACGAACGUUCAGAGCAGCGGGAGUCCAUACGUGGCAAUUGGGCUUCCAAGCAAUGCCCACUGUUCUGACCUUCACGGUCAAGAUCAACGGCGCCCUUCACCAGAUCUUGCUGACGCCUACUCCACCUAUGACCAAAG